ACCGUGACGACGAACAGCUACAAACCCUUUCUGCAGGRGUCGCGUGAAGUUCGCACGACGUAGAACAAAUUUUAGUUUCUAAAURGAGACAAAAAAGUAACUUACAACUCUAGAAAACACGGAUAGAAGUGGAGAAAAGCGGGGUUUAACCGAAGUGGUCGCUUCCUGGUUUGGCAGGAAUAACAACAAAAUGAGCAAGAAGUAUCAGUCAGCAAACAUCUCGGAGGUGGAGAACCACAUUUCUCUCAAAUAUGAAAUUAAGAAGAGAAUUGGGAAAGGGGCCUACGGCAUCGUAUGGAAAGCUGUUGACAGACAGACUGGGGAGGUUGUGGCAGUGAAAAAAAUAUUUGAUGCUUUCAGAAACAGAACAGACGCCCAGCGAACAUUCAGAGAAAUCAUGUUUCUUCAGGAGUUUGGAGAUCACGCCAACAUUGUCAAACUUCUAAACAUCAUCCGGGCGCAGAAUGAUAAAGAUAUUUAUCUUGUCUUUGAAUAUAUGGACACAGACCUGCAUGCUGUGAUAAAGAAAGGCUCUCUUCUGAAGGAUGUCCAUAAACGUUAUGUGAUGUACCAGYUGUUCAAAGCCAUUAAAUUUCUUCAUUCAGGAAAUGUUAUUCACAGAGACCAAAAGCCUUCCAACGUGCUCCUGGACUCAGACUGUGUCGUCAAGAUUUGUGAUUUUGGCUUGGCCAGAUCGCUCAACCAGAUCCAGGAGGACAGCGGGAACCCAACACUGACGGAGUACGUGGCCACGAGGUGGUAUCGAGCUCCUGAGAUCCUGCUGGGAUCCUCAAGGUACACUAAGGGUGUGGACAUGUGGAGCCUUGGCUGCAUCCUGGGAGAAAUGCUGCUGGGAAAAGCCCUGUUUCCUGGAACAUCCACCAUCAACCAGAUAGAGAAGAUCAUGAGUGCCAUACCUCACCCAAGUCCAGAGGAUGUUCUCGCCAUCAGGUCUGAAUACGGAUCUUCUGUCAUUCAAAGGAUGUUACUGAAACCACAGGUGCCUUUGGAGGAUCUUCUCCAAUCGUCUGUGCCUCUUGAUGCUCUCGACCUGCUGAAGGGAUUACUGGUUUUCAACCCAGACAAGCGUCUGACUGCAGAGGAAGCCCUUCAGCACCCUUAUGUCGCCAGGUUUCAUAAUCCAGCCAAAGAAACAGCUCUUAACUACAGUGUAGUUCUGCCAGUGGACGAUGAUGUGCAAUUAUCUGUGGUUCAAUACCGCAACAAAGUAUAUGAGAUGCUACUGGAGAGAAGAACUAACCACGGGAUGCUGAGACUGCCCAAAGAUGGAGGUGGUUCAGGUGACCAAGAGAAAAACAGCACGAGGUGUGACGAGGAAGUGAAGAGCCCAGAAGCAGCAAACAACCACGAAGAUGACAGCCAAAGAGGGAAACCGCAGYACGAGCAGCCUGAUGAGACAAACCAUGUCACUUCACAUCCAGAGGUCAUCAAAACUGGGGCCGUGAACUCGUCUGCGGCGGAGAAGACGAGCCCGAUAGCCAGAAAACCCUCAUAUAACCCCAUCACACAUGUCCCAAACAGUUUUGUUCGGGUUCCAGGUGGUGCAGCUCAUUACAAUCACCUCACUGCAGCCAGCAGGACAGCAGCAGGACAGACCAGUAAUGGCACUACAUUACCAGCAGAGGGCGCCAGCCCCAUUGUUGCUAUGGACCAGAUUCUGCAGCGUGGCCGCUCAGCUCCUCCUGUUCACAACCACUCUUUCUCCUUGACCCUGAACCAAACCCAGAACAACCCUUUAGUCCGUAAGGAUGAGACGUCUCUAUCYGCAGGGCUGCACAUCACUUCAGCUCGACUGCACCAACGCUCCAGCUCUCAGGCCCGGGAGGCCCGGCCACCACCGCGGUUCAGCAAGAAGGUGUUUCAGAACAACUGUAAUGUUGCCGCUGCUGGAGACCCACGAGCCAAAUUAGGCAGCUACUCCCAAGCUUACGGCACCAUCAACAAGACGGGACUGGACAAUCUGCUUCGAAACCGCCCUCACAACCAGUAGCUGCUGGAACACCUGACGGAGGCUGGCCUAACACUUUGAACACCUUGUUUUGGCAGGAUACUGGGUGCUGGGUGCCAGACAGAUGUUUUCUGAAGCUGUUGAAUAAAACCUCUCAUUUUGUACUUUAUAAAUUCUAGUUAUGUUGACAUAUAUUUGAAUUCACUGCCUGUCAUGAUGAAAUCUGUUGUGUUUAUCAAAGUAAAAGCUGUGGCCUUUAUUU